AAAAGAUCCUCUAUUCCAAUAAAUUGGAAAUGUGAAGCCAUUUAAAAAUCAAACCCUACCCUCGAAAUCGUGGAUUUGGAGCUCUAAAAGAAAACAACUCAAAUUGUUCAAAAUCAUGGCUACAUUUCCAACUCCAGGAUUCCCCUUAUCAAUUCGCCUUAUAAUUCUUCAAUUUCUAACCCUAACUGCAGUUCCCAUUGCCUCAAUGUCUCUGCAAACCCUAACUAAUAACCCCCAUUUCGAUCGCGAAACUACUCUUCUUGGUGACGCCCAGAUCGUUGAAGACAAAUCCCACGUGCAGCUUGUGAACCCAGUGGCUUCAAGUUCUGGUAUUUUGAUCCACAGCAAGCCAUUCAAGUUUCUUGAUCCAAAGGGCUCUAAACCGACGUCAUUUUCGACGGAAUUCUCGUUUUCGAUAUCUCACGGUAAUGGUGAUGGCAUUGCUUUUGUUGUUUUUCCCUAUAACUCUGAAUUUAAAUUUGUGGGUCAAGGCUCAUUUGGGGUUUUUAGUGAGCAAAAGUAUUUGGGUAUUGAAUAUGACACUAAAAUGGAUGGUAAUGUAGGUGAUUUGAAUGCAAAUCAUGUGGGUAUUGAUGUUAAUAGUCUUGUUUCAAAGACUGUUAGUAAUAUUUCAUCGUUAAAUAUGGUGUUAAACAAUGGGGAAAAGCUUAAAUCUUGGAUUGAUUAUGAUUCGAGCUCAAAAAGGAUUGAAGUUAGGUUGAGCAAAUUCGGUGAGAGAAGGCCUUAUUAUCCCAUUGUUGCGCAUGAGAUAGAUUUAGUUAAAAUGUGGGGAAAUCAAGAUGUUUUUGUAGGUAUAGUUGGAAGCAAUGGCAAUUCAGAGCAAACUAGUAGUGUUUAUUCCUGGAACUUUAGGUUGAGAAACUUUCCGUAUUGGUUGCAUUCAUUGCCGGUGGAUCCACGGGCUCAUGAGCAUGGUGAUAGGUUUAGAAAUCAUAAGAGGGGUAUUUGUCCUCUUAAAUUUCUUGCUGGCUUGAUUUUUGCAACCGGUUGUGGAGCUUUGUUGGCAUUCGUGGUGCUAUUUGCCUGGGCAAUUGUGAGUAGACAGACAGAACUACCUACUGAGUAUCAUGUGCAUCCGGUGGAUUUCAAGUAUGAGAAGAUUGCUGUAAUAGUAGAGGAAGAUGGUAAAGGUGUUAAGAAUUAGAACAUGGAAGUAUAUGAUGUUUUGUUGUGACUUUAUGUUCUUGUUAUCAUUACUAACUACAAUGAACUAUGAAGUUCUUGUUGUGCAGCUUGUAGUCCCCCGUGAACUAUCUUUUUGAUGUAUAAUGAAGUGUAUGAUCACUUGCAAUUAU